AUGGCAGCUGCUGCAGCUUUCGCAGAAGCCGGAAAGUCACCUGUUGGAGCCCAUAUGGAAGUAAAGAAAGAGCUGCAUGCGAGAUAUGCUACACCAACGAGUCUAUGGAACGAGCUCUUCAAUCUUCUUGGCGCUGACGCUAAGUUUGAGAUACAGGUAAAAGAAAACAAUGAAAAAUUCUCACUAUUAGCAUAUUUAAAAAUUUGGCAGAUGCGGCACAACGUUUACAAUAUCGUGUCCUCCAAAGAGUUCGACAUGGUGAGUAGCACCGUUAAUCUUGUAUAUCGUGGAUUGUUCGCUGAUGAAUUUUUCAAAUACAGACGAUAUUACGGGAGAAGUGUCAACAAUAUCGAUCGAGAUAACGCGGUCUCAUCGUACUCUAUUCGCUCAUAG